CCGGAAAUAGGGAAAGGUGAAGGUCAUUUACAAAUGAGACGUUUGUCUAUCGUUGGCGGAAAAUAUUAAAAGAGGACUGAUUAAUAAUCUUUAACAUCCACAUAAACAAUCAUGUCGGCGUUGAUGCAAAAGCCGAAAAGUGAAAUGACGCCCGAAGAAUUGUCAAAGAGAGAAGAUGAAGAGUUCAACACAGGACCUCUAUCUGUACUAACACAGUCAGUGAAAAACAACACACAAGUCCUUAUCAACUGUAGAAAUAACAAAAAAUUACUUGCUCGGGUGAAAGCAUUUGACAGGCAUUGCAAUAUGGUGUUAGAAAAUGUGAAAGAAAUGUGGACUGAAGUCCCAAAGACAGGAAAAGGAAAGAAGAAGUCAAAACCAGUGAACAAGGACAGAUACAUUUCAAAGAUGUUUCUCAGAGGAGAUUCGGUUAUUCUAGUUCUUAGAAAUCCGUUAGCUACAGGAAAGUGAAUUUCAAAAUAUUGCUUAUUUGCCACGAAAGCAUCUAAAAAGACAAUAGUGAAUCAAUCAUCAGUUGCGAAUAUUGUUAACAUUUCCAAUUUCAUUAGUGAUUUAUGUUACCACUUUUGUUCUUUUCAUUCCUCAUUGAAAACAUCACGUACAUUUCAGAAUUGUUCUGUGUUUGUAUCUCUGGUGUUACGAAUUAUCAUGGACCUUUAAUUUGCUGAACUAGCAGCGCCAUUAAUAGUAAAAUGUUUAAAUAUAUAUUUUUUUAAUUAAGACAAAAACAAUGAAUUGGAAUAAAUGUUUUCUUUCAAAUGUUUCUGGUUAUUUGAAAUCAUAUUUGCUAUAAUAUCAGGUUGCUAUACUGACCUAAAUAAGCAAAGUGCUGACUGAGAUUUUUGUUUUUAAAUCUGUCUUGAUACAUGGAAUUUUGUAUUGAGAGUUGUAGUAUUUUGUUUUGGAUAUGUCAUUACUAUUUGCAGGGUGAAAAUUGGCACAACCUGAUUAAAAUUUUAAAAAAACCCACUUAGUUUUUUAAUAAAGGUUAUUGUUAUCAAAAAAUUGAACUCAUUUCUAAAUUAUAGAAAUUUUGAAUUUAAGUUGUGCAUAUGACAGUCUAUUUAAGGAUGGUUGAUUUGUAUUUAAUACGUAAUUUCUAUUUUUAUGAAACAAAUAUGGUUCUAAAAAAAACCUUAAUAAAUGCAUCAUUAUGAUGUUGCAAGCAGUAUUUACAUUAUUUACUUGAAUGCUGAUUUUGCAAGUCUUAUUUUAUGUUUAUAAUUUAAAUAAAAUCUUUUUUUUAAAA